GACCGGCCAUUGCGAAGGCGCCUGGGUGACAGCGCGGGGCCGGAGGGUGGGCGUUGGCGCGCUCGUUUACUGCCUGUCGCGAGAUGGCGGCGGCGGCCUUGUACCUGGAACACUACCUUGAUAGUAUUGAAAAUCUGCCCUGUGAAUUACAGAGGAACUUCCAGCUUAUGCGUGAGUUGGAUCAGCGAACAGAAGACAAGAAAGCAGAAAUUGACAGUCUUGCUGCUCAGUACAUUUCAACUGUGAGGAACCUAUCAUCGGAGCAACGUGUGGAAAUCCUGCAGAAGAUCCAGAAUGCCUAUGCAAAAUGCAAAGAGUACAGUGAUGACAAAGUGCAGCUGGCCAUGCAGACCUAUGAGAUGGUAGAUAAGCACAUUCGACGACUGGACGCUGACUUGGCACGAUUCGAAGCUGACCUGAAGGAUAAACUGGAAGGAAGUGACUUUGAAAUUCCUGCAACACAAAAUUUGAAAAAGGGGCGAAUUCCAAAAGAUAAGAAAAGUUCACGGGGUCGAGGCCGGCGGACAUCAGAAGAAGAGGCUCCCUUAAGAAAGAAACCAAGACGAAGAUCUGAACUAGCAGAUACUAUACUGUCAGUUCACCCUUCCGAUGUUUUGGACAUGCCAGUGGAUCCCAAUGAACCCACAUAUUGCUUGUGCCACCAAGUAUCCUACGGAGAAAUGAUUGGCUGUGACAAUCCUGAUUGUCCAAUUAAAUGGUUCCAUUUUGCUUGUGUGGACCUUACAACCAAACCCAAAGGAAAAUGGUUUUGUCCUCGCUGUGUUCAGGAGAAGAAGAAGAAGUAGAAAUCAUGGAAACACAUAAUCCAAAAGAAAUUUUUUUAAUAUAUUCAUACAUGUUGGGGGUUUUUUGUCACUGAUCUAUUUGUUUGGUAUUUAAUAGUGGCCAGUUGUAGUUCCCCAUCAUCACAGAGGGAGACAGCCUAAUGAGACAAGAUGGAAGUGGAAGAAAUCCACUAGUAAUAUUUACCCAGGUUUCAUUUUGAAGGCACUGUAAUCAAUGUUAUGAAGUACUAAGAGUAGCCCUGCACUGGAAUUUCUGCUGAUAUAUUGAAGUCUGUGAAAUUGCCUAUGGCCUUGCAUGUGAAGAAGAUGGUGUCCUUUGUAGUUACUGAAAGUGUAGUUACUCUGCUCCAUAUAACAUUUAUGAAGGAUUUAAAGUCUAGCUGCACCUUUCUAAAACUCUAAUUCUAAAAUGGAGAGGGCUCUAUUUCUAAAUGCAGUUCUGCUCCUUUGGAGGCAAGUUGCAAAGCUGUGAAGAGUUUCUUAUGAGUGCAGGAGAAAAGUAAUGCAUGUUACUUUGGUAAGAUGCCUUUCAUAAGUAAAGCUGAGAGUUAUACACCUUUAAUCAUUGUUUCUGAUUUGUCUGAUACUGCCUUUGGACUUUAUUCUGGUCUUGCUGAAAUCAUACAUACAUUCAUGGUGGUAAGAACCGUGGAUUAUUGAAACAGAAGAUGCCCAGAAGAUGGGUAUGAAAUCAGGAUACAGUAGUCUGAUUCAUUCAUGGAAAAAAUCAGAUUUAAUUUUUACCAGUCAUUGUUGAACAUUAAUAAAUAAAUAAACAACUUUAAGAGCAUUACAGUUUAAGGAAAAGAUAGAUUCCUGUGACUAUAAAAGCUGAAGUGACCUGUAUAAUUUGGGGCAGUUGUACACAAAAGCUUGUCUGGUGUGAAAUGUCCAUGCUGUGAUUACACUAACUUGUCUUUGUUUAUCAAGUGAAAAUAUUAGCAUCUAUUCUAUUAUAUUAGACUGGAGAUAGUUUUUUUUUCUCCACAAAGUUGAAAGUUGCAUGAUGCAGCCACCAUUGCCUUUGAUAUAUAUGUUCAAACCACUAUCCCUUCUAAUAAUAUAGAGGUGGCAAGUUGUUGUAAUGCUCCAGAGAGAUGCAAAUUUGGUUUUACCAGAGAUCGUAGCAGGUCAAAAUACAUAUUUUGUCCACCAUAUAAUUUCUAACUCUGAAACAUUAUUUUCUGUCUCCAACCAUAUAUUUCUCAUCCAAAGUCUUUUAAAAAGGUGGCAGUUCAAAAGGAUGAAUGGAUAACGGCCAGUUGUUUCAUUUAUCUGUACUUUUAUUGAGACAUAAAGAUGGUUGCUUAUACAGUAGGACCCCCAUAUCUGCUGGGGAUUGGUUCCCAGCCUCCCACAGAUACUGAAAGCUGUGGAUAAUGGUGAAUGUGAAAGAGAGGGGGGGCAUGGUAAAAAGAGAAAAAAACAUUUUUUUUCACAUGCAUUGCCAGCACUGGCCACUAGAAGGCACCAGACACUGUGCUAUGUAUUACUCACUAACUAUUCAUAACAUGGUGUUUGGCUCCCUCUAGAAGUCAUUUCUAUUAGUACAUGUGAAAAUAGGAUUUUCUGGAUUUUUUCUUUGAAUAUUUUUAAUAUUUUCUGACUGUGGUUAAGUGACUCAGUGGAUACUGACCCUGUGGAUAAGGGGAUCCUAUUGUAUAUGAUGAUUUUAAAAGAGCCAAAAUACAGCACACAGAGCUUUGCUAGAUAUUGCAGGAAUGUGGAGUUUAUUAAGAUUGUCCCUAUAGCGUGAGUAAUGUUUUAUGUAUCCUGCAAAUAAGUAGCACUGCAGAAUGCCUGCAGUAUCACUAUGAAUUUCACUUUCAUUCUGGGGGUAAAAAGGGACUUAACACAAGACAAAAAAUUGCAGUCAUCAAUUUUAGCUUCAUGUUAAGAAGAAAACAGUGUUAUUAAAAUAACUUUUUUCAUUAUGAAAUAAUGCUAAGUUCUAGCUUCUUAUUUUAUGUCAAGCUUUUGCAUAUGACUUUGCAGGCUGUGGGAGAGGACCUUUGGCUUUUUACAUAUUUUGAGUCAACUCUCAGAAGCCCCAGCCAAUGGUAAGCAAUUAUGGGAAUUGUAGUCCAAAAUUAUGUGGAAAGCCAAAGGUUCAUCAUCUGUUGUAGGUAUCAAUUCAGUUCAAUUACAGUGUUCUUUUCAUCCUUUCAGGUUUUCUGUAUUUAUUUUUACAUGUUCAUGCAUACUCUUGUCUUGUGUAGAGUAUCUUGCUGUGUUAUGUAGUUAUAGAAGGAUGGUUACAUAAGUGAUCUUACUCUAGCAGACUCCCCUUUUCAUGCCCUGUUUCACAAUUAACUGCGUAAUAAGGUACACAAUGGAGGAGGGGCCUUGCAGGAGGGGAACAUGAUCAUCACUCUUAUGCUUCAGAUAGGAUACAGGUCCAUGUGUACAGAUAUGGAACAAUGCAAAGGGGGAGCAUUAGGGCCACAAGUCAUGGUGAAUCACACCAAAAGGAGCAUUUUCAUAUAAAAUUGAUUGCCUUUGAAUGUAAAGCAAGCCUACAGAAAUUCUGAAUCACCAGACUGAAUGCAGUCUAAGUUAUACAGACUUCCUGAUCUGGCAGAUAUUGAAUAAUCUCCUUGUUUGUUUUUUGUUGCAAUCCUAAUCAAAAAGAAAAGUUAAAAAGAGGUUGUUCACUGAUCACCUGAUGACUUUUUGAACAGAUAUGCAUAGCUCACAUGUGGCUUGGCUUGACGGCUUAGUUUUUACAACUUGCACUGAAGUUUUAGUAGUAGGUUUACGUUUCUGUAGAAAGGUAUAUCUUUUGAGAAUUCAAGAAUCAGUGCUUCAGUAAUUAAUUAGUGAUGUUUGUGACUUUUAGUUUUAAUCUACCACUUUGGAUUUUAAAGUGGCAUUAGUUCCUAAAAUAAUAGGAAUGUCUUAACAAAAUGCUUCCUUUUCUUUCCAUUUACAUUGUUUUAAAUAACAGAGGAAUGCUACUAUAGAUUAAUAUAAAUCUUGAGACAUGUCAUGGGGCAGGUAAUGCUGCUAUAGCAAAUGCUGUUGAGCAAAGUAGACUGGUACUUUGCCAUAACUAGAACUUAGUUCAUGCACCAGUUCCAAAGAAUUAAGACACUUCUUUGGAAGAUUCUGGAACAGUAGUGAAGAUAUAUAAAAGACGUGUUUCAUGACUUAUUUAAUAGAAUACAGUCCUGGACUGAGUAAUAAGGACAUCCCAUAUAAAAAUCUCUGAUGGAAAGAGAGGGUGAAAACUGAUUGUCAGUUGUUUAUUUUGGUCAGAAUUUUUAAAGUUCAUAUAGAUUAACAAUAUCUUGAUUCUGAUCUGUGGAGAAUGUAUUGUCUUGAAUUUGGAAUGUAUCCUGUUUCAUCCUUGUUCCUUUCAAUUGUCACAAUUUAAGUGCAGGGAAAAGUGAAGAUAAUUAUUUCUUUUUUAAAAAGAUAACACCUAUUUUUGGCAGUCAUCUUUUCCUCCAUAGUUCUUAUAAGUAAACAAAUGUCACAUCUUAAACAUUCUUGUCAAGGAAUUGUAUUUGUUUCCUUUGUAAACGGAAGAUAAUAUUGGAAAUCUUUUUAUUAAAAUGUGAAAAUGUCUAUCUGUAUUUUUGAUCAUGUUAUAAUAGAAAUA